AUGAUUGCUCCAAAAAAGAAGAGAUAUUUCAUGUGCAUUUGGCUGCCAGUGGCCAUUCUCCUUUCAGUCGUGUUCUUCUUCAUGGGGAGUUUCUUGUUGUUCACGGAUUAUAAAGAGGCUAUAAAACCCAAGAGUUGUGAGAACGAGUGCAGGCCGGAGGGAACCCGAACACUGCCUAGUGGUAUUGUUUUGAAAACUACUGAUCUGGAGAUGCAGCCUCUUUGGGGACCGCUUAAGAAAAAGAAGUUGAAGUCACCAAUGAACUUACUGGCCAUUGCAGUCGGGAUAAAGCAAAAGCGCAACGUAAAUGAAAUUGUUAAGAAGUUUCCACUGAAUGAUUUUGCCGUCAUGCUUUUCCACUACGAUGGCAAUGUCGAUGGCUGGAGAGACUUGGAAUGGAGCAAUAGUGUGAUACAUGUGUCCGCCAUUAACCAAACUAAAUGGUUCGCAUUACCUUCUUCACUUUCCCGUUUUGAUUUUGUCAAAAAAAAAAAAAAAAUGCCGAACUUCUAUGAAAUGUGUUCACUUAGGUGGUUUGCCAAGCGGUUCUUGCAUCCAGACAUCAUAGCAGAGUACUUUUAUGUUUUCCUUUGGGAUGAAGAUCUUGGAGUAGAAAACUUUCACGCCGGAAGAUAUCUAUCUAUUAUUCGGGAAGAAGGACUCGGGAUAUCACAGCCUGCAUUAGAUGCAGAUAAAUCAGAGUUGCAUUACAAACUUACGGCACGUGAAAUGAGUUCUAAAGUACACCGAAGGGUAAUUAAUUUACAUGGUCCGGGAAGGAAGUGUUAUGAAAAUAGUACGGACCCUCCAUGUACAGGGUUUGUGGAGAUGAUGGCUCCCGUUUUCUCAAGAGCAUCAUGGCGAUGUGCGUGGUACAUGAUUCAGAAUGACCUUGUCCAUGCAUGGGGCUUGGAUUUUCAGCUUGGAUAUUGUGCACAGGGAAAUAGAAGCACGCAUAUUGGGAUUGUUGACUACGAGUAUUUAAUCCACUUAGGUCUUCCUACACUUGGAGGCUCGUCAGGCAGCAAUGCAGACCUUACAAAGCAAACUUCUCCAAAGGAAAAGCUGGCUAGCAUAGGGAAAAUGUCAGAAGGAAGAGAUGCCGUUCGAAGAGCGUCUUAUGUCGAAUUAGACAAGUUAAAAAUAGGUGGAGAGAAGCUGCUAAAGAGGACAAGUGUUGGGUAG